AUGACUGAUAAUCUUGAUAAUAUAAUAGAAGUUGAAAAACAAAAUAUUAUUACUACUUAUAAUGACAGUAGUGGUAGUGGUAAAAAAAAAGAUCAAUAUUAUAUUACAAUUAGUGACGAUGGAAAAUAUAUAGCUAGGCUUGAUUGUAGUAAGGGUGAAAGUUUAAGAUUAAAAAUUACACAUCAUGAAAAUUUUGAAUUAUUAAAUAAUGAUGAUAAUGAUAGUGGCAGUGAUAAAGGACAAGACAAAAUAAAGAUUUGUGAUAUUGUUAAAAAAUUAACGUUUUUAGAUGAACUUAAUCCAUAUGUAAAACCUUUAGAGGAUAAUAGCAAGCAGGAAGAACAAAUAAAAAAGGAUAAUAUAAAACAAAAAGGAAAUACAAAAGGGGAUAAUAGAAAACAAGAACAAACAAAAAAGGAUAAUAGAGAACAAGAAGAACAAAUAAAAAAGGACAAUAGAAAACUUUUAACUUGGUCAUUUUCUAUAUCAAAUAUGAUUUCUUUUAAUAGUAAACCAACAAUUUUAGUAGCAAUUUCAAGAGUAGUACCAAAUGAUAUGAUUGAUCGUGAUAGACCAAUUAAUCACUUACAUGAUAAACUUAAGGAAUAUAAAGAACUCAAAUUAGAAUAUCAAAAUAUGAAAGAACUUCAUUAUUAUCCUUUGCAUUCACAACCUUCUAGUAGUGUAAUAUUUUAUAUAGAUAUAAGUGAUAUUUAUAAAAAUGAUGAUAAAAGUAACAAUAGCAAUUAUGAGAUUAAGGUAGAUGAAAAUAAAGUAAAUGAAACUUGUUUAACUAGUAAUAUUGGUGGAAUAGUGAGGUUUUUACCAGAAGUUGAAAAAACCAAAACAAGUCUUUUAAUAACAAAUGUAAAAGGAUUUUAUAAAUCUCUUGAUGAUUUAGAUAAACCAAAUAUUUAUUCAAAAUUAAAAACUCAAAAAUAUGGUACCCCUGCUUAUGCAAUUUCAUUAAACAAUCUUUUGCUGGCAUUUACACGUGGAAAUAAUGAUAUUAGAAUUUAUUCUAUGGAAUCAGGUCUUUUUAUUGCCUUAAAAAGUUUGGAUAACAAAGAGGAAGUUUUAUUUCUAGAAUUUAUACAUGAUGAUGAAAGAUUAUUCAUUAUUACACAAAAUGACACCAAUCAUGAAAUCUCAAUAAAAAUUUGGGAUAUUUUUAAUUCUUCUCCUGAAGAUUUUAAAUAUAAAAUUAACAACAAUAUUAUUCCAAAAAAAAUUGAUUGUUUGAAUAUUGCAAGAUCAAAUGGGAUGAUUUUUUUUGUUAAAGAAGAUGGCAAAGUCUUAAAUGUUCUUAAAAAUAUCGAAUUCAAAGAAUUCAAAGUAUUUGAAAAUGAUGAUGACAAUAAUGGAAUAAAAGAAGAAAAAUCAUUUACUGUAUUUAAAAAUUUUAAGAAAGUUGAUAAAUAUUUAAACCAUUGGUAUUAUUGUGCAGAAGAUGAUUCUGAUAAACAUAAAAUAUUUGAUCCUUUUGAAAAACAUGGUGAUCUUGGUGGUCCAAAAACUUUACUAUUAGUAGAUAAUAAGGAAAAAUUGGUUGAUGUUGAUCAAAUUACACCACUAGUAAAUAAUAAGGAACAAUGGAAUUUGAGAGUUGGUUGUAGAAAAUUUGAACUGGAAGUUACUUGGGAAUUGACUGAUAAUAGUAUAGGAAUAAAUUUUAAACUUGAAGAUACCAAAAGCAACACCCUACAAAAUAGUGCAAAGAAAAUUUCUUUUAAAAAAGUAGCUUUUGGAAAAGAUAAUCAAAAUAGAACAAAUGAAAUUAAAGAUAAAAUUGUUCAAAAAGCUGAAGGAAAAAACAAACACAAUAAAGUACCAUUCAACUUGUGUGUAGUACCACUUCCAAAUUUCACAGUUAAUAAGAUUGAAAAGAAAAAAAAAGUAGUUACAACUUUCCUAGCUUUUCUUAGACUUGGAACAUCUAUAAUAGUUAAAUCAUUUGAAAUUGAAAAUGCAUUUGGUAGUGUUAAACCUGAUCAAGGAACAAUUGCUGCUAUAUCUUUUUCAGUUAAUGUGUAUGAAAACACAUCACAGCAAAGUAAACUUGAACUACUCAAGCUCCAAGCUACUUUCAUAUCAGACUAUGAGGCUCUGGAUUUAGAAGAUGAUUUUUUAAAUCCUCCUAAACCUGAUCCGAAAUACAUUUGUUAUAAUAAUAAUAAUCUUGAUUCAUGGAAAGAAAGAACCAAAUCAAGAAGAGGUUGUUUAUAUGCAAAAUACGAAAAUGAUAAUUCUUAUAUUCAAUACAUUCUUGAAAAAAAGGAUUUUGACCAUCAAGAUGGUUCUUUGUGGCAGAUUUAUAAUAAAUUGGAUGAUUUCAAUGAUGAUGAUGUUAAUGAAAAAAUUUCAAAUUUAGAAAAAAAAAUGGAUGCGAAAAUGGAUAACAUAAUGUUGCAAUUACAACAAUUACAACAAUUACUCCAAAGACCUUGA